AUGGUUAAUGGCAAACAAUUGACAAUCAGGUUCCAUGUUGAUGACGUUUUGGCAAGUCACAUGGAACAACAAGUACUUGAAGAUUUUUUCACAUGGGUGAAUGAGAAAUAUGGUGGCUUAAAGGAGGUCACAUGCACUAGAGGUAAAGUUCAUACUUAUUUGGGUAUGACAUUGGAUUUUUCGAAGAAAGGAAAAAUGAAAAUUCGCAUGGAUGAUUAUGUGGAUCGCAUGCUGAGUGAGUUUCCAGUCAAGUUUAAGGACAAUGAGAUCCAGGAGACACCAGCUGGAAAUAAUCUACUGGAGAAAGGUAAAGGAGCACCGCUUGAGAAGGAGCGACAUGAAGUGUUCCAUUUGUUUGUUGCCAAAUCGUUAUUUUUGUCGAAACGUGCUCGUCUGGACAUCAGUCCGACAGUAUCGAUUUUAGCAUCGAGGGUGCAAUCUCCGAAUCUGAGUGAUUGGCACAAACAAGAUCGAUUGAUGAGAUACAUUCAUUCUACAAAAGGAUGGCAUGUGACAUUGAUUUGCGCGUGA